UCAUGCAGACUACGCGCGUCGAGAGCCCUCAUCUCUCCGCUCAGCCUCUCAUGUCAGCCGUUUCCAUAGGAACCCUUGAUAUUCAAAGUGGGCUUUUAGCUCAUAGGGACGAGAAGGCUGGAUCGGCUCGGGCCAAACCUUUACUUUCUCCUUAAAUGAAUCCGACGAGACCGGAUCAACUUUUUUCUGAAGAGCCGUAGAUGUGUUAGAUCUCCCCCCCCCCCUUCUCACGGCAGCAAACAUGGUCUCCCACAGGUCCACCAAAGGAGCCUCCAAAGCCCGGAGGGACCACAUCAACCACGAAAUCAGGAAUAUGCGCGCUCUGCUGCCCAUCAGCCAGGAGGACCAGGAACGCCUUUCCUACCUUCACUCCAUGGCCGCCAUCUGCACCUACAUCCGGAAGUCUGUUCUCCUUCAGGGGCUGCCGGCUGCGGAACGAUCCCGGGGCUCCCUGCGGUACGAGGCCUUCCUGGAAGCCCUGCACGGCUUCAUCCUCGUCACCACGGCUCAGGGCAGGCUGGUUUACGUGUCGGAAAACGUGGCGGAAUACCUCGGCCUCUCCAUGGUAGAUGUUCUACAAGGAGACACUUUCUAUGACUUGGUGGAACGCUCUGACGGGGAUAUAAUCCACGCCAACCUCAACGCGGAAAGCAAUUUAUUUUCUGAGAGGAGCUUCGUCUGUUGCAUGCAGACCUCGAAGGCCUUUAAGCUACAACACGGGAGCUGCUGCUCCAUGCUGGUCAGAGGCAGCUUCCAGUUCUUCCCCCAGCCGUCCGCCGCAGCCUCCUGCGGCGUCGAGCCUUUAUUCGUGGCCCUCUGCACGCCCACGGUGAAUCGCCUGACGGGCGCCGAGUCUCACUUCUGUCAACGCUUCAGCAGCACACACGGGAUGGACAUGCGUUUCACCCAGCUCUCAGACAGUGUUUUGUUCUAUUUGGGGUAUUCGGUGGAAGAAAUGAUCAACCGAUCAUGGUAUAGUCUCUUGCACCCUGAGGAUCUGUCGUCGGCUGCAACUUCUCAUAAAAGUUUAAUGCAGGCAGAAGAGGGUUUCCAGGUGGAGAUGAUCCUGAGGCUCCAACGAACAGAUCUGUCAUGGACCUGGAUCUAUAUCCGAGCUAACAAGGACUCCGAGUGCCGGAGCAUCAGCUGCACUAACUACAUCAUCAGUGAAACCGAGGCCAAAUUUCUGCAGAAGAAAAUCAGCAGCGCCGCCUUCAAGCCGUCGUCUGUGCCAAAUUACCUCUAUUGUGCUCAAGAGGGGCCUCAGAGUCAGAGCGUCGGCGCUAAAUGUUUCAAAAGGCAGAGGAUGAGUAGCAGCCAGAGCGAGGAGCUUGGAGCCCGGACGAGACGGGAGUCUGAGCAAGACGUUUACUGCGCGCUGUGUCCCUCCUCCUCUCCUGUUCCCCUGGGGGAGAGCCCCGCGCUCUUCACCCCUCCCUACAGCCCGGCCUCCUCCGGCUCCCCUCCGCAGCAGGAGGAGCUCAGCCCGGACCUCCUGAUGGAUCUGCACGCGUGCGGCGAUCGGCUGCCGUCCUCUCCCGAGGCCUCUCCCUCUUACUACUCCUACCAGGGCGCAGGGUUCCCCUGUCGCCAUUCACCUGUCGGCUCUCUACCCACGGCCGCCGAACGACGCUACGAACGCAGAGACUUUGACCUUUUCACCGGCAGCUCCCCGCUCUCCUCCUCCUCCGCUUCCUCCUCCUCCUCCUCAUCGUCAUCUCCAAACUAUGAUUUCCAGGCGUGUACAGCUGACGCUCGAUUAGUUCCAGACUGUCUCUCUGUGCCGGAAAUGAGCGAGGGCCAAGCGGAGUGUGCGUCCCUGCACCCGGAUGAUUUCAGCCUUCUCGACAAUCCACAAGGGGGCAGCGUUGUUCAGCUUCACCAGGUGCCCCACCAAGACCUCCUCGCGCAUGCCGGCGGCAUCCCGACUCCCACCCAGUCUCCCGUCGCCGCAGAGGCCGAUCUUUACGACGAGAGGGAGCAGGCGGAGAUUAGCAUACUGGCUCAGCAGAUCUCCUCCCUCGCCAGCAGCUUCAACACGCACCGCGGCCUGGAUCCCCUCCAGGACGGGGCCCCGGCGGCGGCGGCGUCCGCCAACUGUGACUGGCUCCAAGGCUCUCCCUUCCUUCUGCUCCUCACCCCGAAGCACGAACCGGUCUACGACGACUGCAUGCUGGACAGCAUCCUCAAAGACUUGAACGCGGUCUGGAGGAAACGUAGCGCGCCCGGCCCGGACGUCGUCUCCCACGGCUACCAGCCGGGCCUCGUUUCAGUGGACCCUUCGGCCGCAGAGCAGUUCGGCGCAGACGGCGUCGUCGGCAUGCAGCUGGGAAACCGCGGCCAAAACACUGGGUUGCAUCAACUCAACCACUACAUGCAGAGUGGCCUCCGGCAAGAUGGGCUUGCUGAGAAGAACCUGUACUGAAAUAAGUCUGUGACUUACCGUGCUACCACCCGUAUGACAUAUUGUCAGGGCAACCCUCCUACGAUGGAUUCAAAAGAGGAUUCAAAAGUGAGAGAGGAGAAGGAAAAAAAAAAAAAAGGACGUCUGCGGUUAGAUGUUGUUUACUGCACCCAAAAUAAACCGAGAACAUUUGUCCUGCUCUGUCGGUCCGUCCGCGACAGCUCCGUCGUAACUCUUCAAAGCACUGCUGUCUGGGGUGUUCAUGUUUUGCUGAUGUCUUUUAUUUUUAAGAAGAAAAAAAAGGUACUUUGUAAUAAUAUCUCCUUGACGGGAGUUACACACUGAAAUGGAGGUAUAUUUUUUCAUUUAAUACUAAGUGACCACAAUUUACUAUUGAGCACUUUAUCAAAGUCAUCGACGCAAGGAUUUCAUAAGAGAGAAGACGGCAACUGGUACCUUGAUUCAACCAGGAUAAGCUUUAACACAUUAAUCAUUACAUGUAAUAAAGAACCAGCUAUAGUUACUAUUCAGGUGCCUUAAAACUGGUGAUAAAGAUGUAGGUUGCUGAAUUGUUUUACUUCUCUAAGUGACAUUGAUGCUUUCUAGCUGUCAGGGAUGGAGGGAAACCAGCAGCGGGACAGAAAUAAUGAAUGUAAAAGCAGCUUCUACCUCAGUGGCAAAGAGCGACGCGUUCCAAGUCCGACUUCUUUUCAUUUAUUAUAUUUAUUCUGUUUUAAACUUUGUUUCACACUUUUUUAUAUUAAUAUGUUUUAUUUAUCUACAGUUUUAUGUUUCUUCUCUGUAUUAUUGUUUUUUUCUCUCCCAUGGUACUGGAACCCAUUAGGUUUUUAUGUCCGGUGAUGUUUUGUCAUUCAUGACGUUUAGAUGUUUUAAAUGUGAAUAAAUCAAAUGGAAAACA